GAUGUCGGGGGGUGUUUUGCGUGACAAGCCGCUGGUAUGCUUUCGGACGAUAUGACUUGCUCAUUACAGUGCAUGUCUACAAAAUUCUGGCCUAUAUUAAGCCGUAGAGUGUUGUAAUAUUGCUGCAGUUAAGAUUUAAAUUUUGACUACUCUUACAACUUUAAAAAACAAGAAAGCUAGGACUAUUUGCGAAAAUUGUGUCAGUGCGUGUACCACUGCCAAGACCAAUAUUUGGAAUGUUAAUUUUUCUUGUGAUUACGGGAUAAAAUUUUCAUAUUGAACAAGAAACUUUUACCAAAAUUGACAGAAACGUUAUUAUUACUUAAAAUUGGGAUGGGAGCUAAAGCAAGCACUGUGGCACAAUCUGCUGGAGGCAAUGGACAAUCCUCUACUGGAGCAAAUGAAACUACAAUGCAAGGUUUUUCUGUGCUACGUUCUGUUCCUGGAGGUGUUGGCAUGUUACGGCAUCAACUUCAACAAGGAAACCCAUCACAAACUUCCCAAGUAUCUGGAGAUAGUAGGCAGCGUGCACGUUCUUUAAGUUCAGUACCAGAUCUUUCAUCUGGCGAACAAAGCAGUCUUGCUUCUUCAGUUGGAGUUGGAGUUGGUCAAGUACUUGGUUUGCCACAGCUUGAUUCAGAUGAUGCUGAUGAAGAGAGUGGACGAGUUUAUGCAGCCCAUAGCUUGCCCUCUCAUAUUUGGUCUCUUAAUGGUCUAAAAUGUCCUGUUUGCUCCAAAUUUAUUCUACCAGAUGAUAUAGAAUGUCAUCUGGUUAUGUGUUUGACCAAGCCACGACUUAGUUACAAUGAAGAUGUAUUAUCUGAUGAAAAAGGCGAAUGUGUUAUUUGCCUUGAAGAAUUACAACCUGGAGAUGUUAUAGCUCGUUUACCUUGCCUCUGUAUAUACCACAAAAAUUGCAUUGAUAGAUGGUUUCAAGUAAAUCGUAGUUGUCCUGAACAUCCUGGGGAUUGAUUUAUAACCUUUAAACUUGGAAGAGCACAAUGCAACUUGUUGACUUUGAAAACUCUCAUAAUGAGAAUAAAGUGGGAGGAAAAAGAAAAAAUUUGAAAAAAGCUAGUCAAGAUGGCUGCUAGUCCACUGUGGUGGUUGGUGUAUGCAAUUGUUCGACUGAAUGAAACAUACUCAAUUUGAAUAUGAAAGCAGACAUUUAACUAAAUCCUUGAUUAUACUACCUGUAAGCAGGGGACUUAAAAAAAUCGCCAUAAGAUUCAACGACACAAUGCUAUUAUCUAUAUGUAUCUGUAAUUAAUCUAUUACUGCUCUAUAGCUUACUAU